AUGUGGCAUAUUUCAUACCUUGAUCGUCUUAACAUAGAUGGAAGAGGGAUGAUGUGGGACAAAAGUGUACCAAGGCUAGGGGCUUGGGAACAAUGGUGUGUUAAUGCUGCUAUUGCCGCUGAUAAGGGAACAGAUGGAAAAUUUGGUGCAGCUGAGGUAGUGCGUGAUGUCGUUUAUGGAAAAGCAUAUCCGAUCGGUGAGUCAUUCGAGUCUCCAGAGUGGCUGAGAGAUUGCAGUUCUGGUUCAGAACUUAGUGACAGUCUAAGUGAAAUAAAAAAAUUACGUGAGACGAGAGUGGAUAAUAUCAGAAAAAGGCCUCCAAAAAAAGGAAAGGCCAAAGAGGUCAAUAGUAAGAAUAAAGGACACAAUGAGGAUGACAAUGGUAAGAGAAAAGGUACAGUGGGACAAGGACUGCCACAAAAGGGCAUUUCAGUUGGGAAGAAAAGAUCUAAGGCAGCUUCAUCUUCAAGAGAUGAGCAGGCCAAAAGACAAAAGAAAGGAGGCAAGUUGGGUAAGAAGAGAAGGAAUGAGGAUGAGGAUGAGGACGACCCAGAGGAAUUAUCUGCCAAAUUGGGUGAUAAGAGGAAAAUAUCUAAAUCUAAGUCAGACUCUGAUAAGGAAGAAAAAUUGAAACCCCGGAAAAGUACCAACUAUACAAAAAAAAGAAGGGUUUUAGAGAGGGCUGCCAAGAAGAAAAAGUAUGAAAGCGACGAUAAUGAAUCAGACAAGGACACCAACGGGGAAGAUGAUGAUGAUGAAAGCACUGAAGGGGAAGAUGGACCUGAUGGAGACAAUGAAACUGAUGGUGAUGAUGAACCUGAAGGUGACGAUGAACCUGCUGAGGAAGAUGAACCUGAAGAUGAUGAUGAACCUGCUGAGGAAGAUGAACCUGAUGGUGAUGAUGGACCUUCUGAGGAUGAUACACCUGUUGGGGAGGAUCCUGAGGAAGAUGAACCUGAUGGUGAAGAUGGACCAUCCGAAGAUGAUAGCCCUGAUGGGGAGGUAGGACCUCAAGAUGAGGAGGAUGAGGGAGAACGUAUAGCAGAUCCUCAUCAAGACCUCGAUCGACCUCAAUCUAAAAAACGACCUAGUAUGUCCCCAACCGCUAGAAGACUUGCUGAGAACAUACUGCAGAAAAAAGGAGAUGAAUCGUUGAGAAAUUCAGUGAUGUUUAAGUUUGGAACAUUAACUGUGACUCGCGGCAUUAUAUACGAUUCGUUUAAGAAGAAUGGGUCGAUAUCUGAGCUUAUUAUGGAAGCCUUUGGGAAGUUGUUGAAUGAAUUCACUGGUGGAGAUCCAAAGAAUGGGAGACACGUUUACGUGAUGCCAGCAACUUACGUGGAUGAGGCUAUAAAGAAACUAAGUGCCCAAGGCGAUGUUGGGGACAUUGUGAAUAGAUGUGUGAAGGACAUUGCACUUGAUACUGCAGUUUGUGAUCGAUUGGAAAACCAUAAAAGGGUCUUCUUUCCGGUGUUGCAUAAUGGAAGAAGAACAUUGUACUUGAUAAGUUUAAGUAGCAAAAAUGGUUGUUGUCUUUGACACCAAGAAUCCAUAUCCCCAUUCAAUUCAUUCAAAAGUACUCCCGAUGGUGCUGGAAUUUGCAGAAGGUGUUUUUUCCUCCAUAGUAACCAAAAUACCCAGUAAGUUAGAGUUGUAUGAAGUGUCAAAUUUCAGUAAAUUGCCCAAGGAAAAGAAAGCUCAUGACUCAGGGAUGCUCUGCCUGCUAUUUUUAUACAACAUCUUCACCGAUGUUAACGAUUGGAUGCAUGGGCAUGAAGAGCUCUACAGAAAGGUACUGUGCACCAACAUUCUGUUGGCUGAUUUGAACGAGCUUAGUAAAGAGUUAGCAGACACUAUGAAGGACGUUUAAGAAGGGUUGGAUAUUGGUUUUUAUGUAUUGAUACAGCUUUCAUUGAUGGUUGAUUAAUGUACCUGUCUGGCAUAAAGUACUUAUAUUAGUAUUAGAUAGAAUGGAUAAUUACGACUUAUUGACAUGGUUGCUGUUUGUUAUUUCAAUAUUGCUACUUUAUAGUUGGGCAUUGUGCAAA